GAUUAUAGCAUGUGUAUCCUCUCCAGAAGCUCCCCAUAAUGGAUCCAGCAGAAGACGUCACGGUCUUAUCCCGUCUCCGAGCGAUCAGGACAGCGGAGGAGCGCGGGGACUCGCGGGUGCAGCGCGCGCUCGCCGGAGCCACCGUCUUCAUCACCGGGGGCACCGGCUUCCUGGGGAAACAACUCAUCGAGAAACUCUUCAGGUCAUGUCGGGAUAUCAAGAAAGUGUACUUGCUGUCGCGAGAUAAGAAAGGAGUAGCUAUGGAGGACAGACUGAAGGCCGUGCUUCAGGAUCCUGUGUUCGACUCAGUCCGGGCCGUGAACCCUGGGUUCGAGGGGCGUCUGGUCCCGGUGGCUGGAGACGUGCAGCAGCUGAGGCUCGGCCUCAGCGACGACGACUGGAAUAUGCUGGCUGAGGAGGUGAACAUCAUAUACCACGCGGCAGCCACCGUCCGCUUCGAGGAGCCCAUCAAGCUGGCCAUCCUCACCAACGUCAGGGGAACCAGAGAGAUGAUAGAGCUAGCCAAAAACACCAAGAACCUUCGCGCCUUCGUCCACGUGUCCACAGCGUUCACCAAUUGCAAGAAGAUCGAAGUUUUCGAAAAGUUCUACCCGAGUCCUGUGCCGGCGCAGACGAUUAUUGAAUUUGUUGAAACGGUUGACGAGAGCCGGCUUGAUGCUAUUACUCCAAAACUUCUUGGAGAUUUUCCGAACACGUAUUCAUUCUCGAAAGCGAUAGCCGAAGACGCCGUCAGGACUCUAGCUGCUGAUCUCCCGGCCUGCGUUAUUCGACCUGCCAUAGUGCUGCCAUCUGCCUGCGAGCCGGCGCCGGGCUGGGUGGACGUUGGCAACGUGUUUGGACCAAGUGGGCUACUCCUAGGCUUCGGCUUAGGCCUAGCUCACACUAUGCUGGUUGAUCCUGAAGCGAGGAAUGAGAUGGUCCCUGUGGACUACGUUAAUAACCUCACGAUAGCUGCUACGUAUGACACCGUCAGACGAUAUGAGAAUGGGGACAAAGAUACCAGAAUAUACACGCUUUCCAAUAUUAGGAACAUGGUUAAUUGGAAAAUCCUCAAGUCCGUGCUCAUCAGCGAGGGUCGCCAGCUGCUCUCCCCGCAGACCAUGUGGUACUGCGGCUCGGUGGAGGCCACCAACAGAUACUCCUACUUCUUCCUCUUACUGUUCCUGCAUUUCAUUCCGGCCGUUUUAGCGGAUGUGGUGUUUAAAGUAACUGGCAGCUCGUUUAGGCUCACGCAAAUAUACACCAAGAUGUACAAACUCCAGACCACCUUACGUUACUUCCACGUCUCCAAAUUCCUGUUCCACGAUGAUCAUACCAUGGAACUCUUCAACAGCCUAUCAGACACUGACAAGAAAAUAUUCUUCUUUGACAUGGCAGAACUUAACUUCUACGUCUUUAUAAGAUACUGGUGGCUUGGCAUUCGGAAGUAUAUCCUGAAAGACGGCUUGAAAGGAACAGAAGAGGCUGUUAAUAGACAGAAGUGGUUCAGGAUUGCUAGCUACGUUCUGUUCGCGUUGUAUGCUUACGGCAUUUUUAAACUUGGAGUGUUUUUGUUGAGUGUACUGUCUGUUGGUUUAAGUUUUGUUUGUCGUAAUUUAUCGCAAUGCUAACGUAAGUUAUGUGUUUUUGUUAAGAAACGUCUAUGUAAUUUAUGAGGUUAAUAAAUAUUAUUUAUUACAGAAGGAUAUAAAUAUUAUGCGCUGUGGUGCACAAAUAAUGAACUUUGAACUAAGGUCGACCUUAAAUCUGCAGG